AUGGCUUCUGCAGACGAAGACAAUUUCGAUAUUGACAUCUACGGUGAUGGAGAAGUUGACAUGGGCAACGAUGGAACUGUGGAUUACAAGCCAGAUGACGAUAAUGUCCAGCUCAACGCAGGCGCCGCAGAAGACAUCUCCCUUGCGGAAGAGACGCAUGCGAACUCCGAGUCCGAGGACCGACAGCCAACCUCGAGUGCAACCACGCCUUGGGUCAAGGGAAAGGCUGAAGACGUCCAGUCAAACCACACCAAUGCCGUUCCCUCCAAGACCAUACCACAACAGGGUACUAAACGUAAAGAGACCUCGGACGAGAGGCCCAUCGACCACGGGGCUACCAAUGCUUUGAUGAUUUCAGACCUGCAUUGGUGGACAACUGAGGACGACAUUCGCGGUUGGGCUAACGAGGCCGGGGCUGAAGACGAACUGAGGGAGUUGACUUUCAGUGAACACAAGGUAAAUGGCAAGAGCAAAGGCCAAGUAUAUCUCGAGUUCUCCUCUCCUCAGGCAGCAAAUGCGGCUAAACACAAGAUCGACUCCUUGGCGGGCAACCAACCUGGCUCUCGCAAGCACUCAGUCGUGUACACCAGUGCCACUCAGAAUCCUUUCAAGACCCUCCCAAAAGAUGCGCCAGCUCGCGCCAGGGAAGAGAGACCCAUCCGUGGCGGGUCGUUUAAUUCCGGACCUCGCAACGACGCCAGUUACGGUAUGAGCAACCAAGGCUUUCGAGGUGGUCGGGGUGGUGGCUUCAACCGUGGAAGCUACAACCCACACAACCAAUAUAACCGCAACUUCUCGGGUCCAAUGGGCGGUUAUAACAACAGCCAGAAUAUGGGCUUUCAAAGCAACAUGGGAAUGGGAAGUAACUAUGGAGGCUUCAACAGGGGAGGAAUGAUGGGCAACCCAAUGCGAGGCGCCAUGGGCGGCAUGCGCGGAGGCCGUGGAGGCAUGAACAACAUGAUGCCCAUGGGCGGUGGAAUGGGAAUGGGUAACAUGGGCAUGAAUCCCAUGAUGGCUGGAAUGGGAAUGGGAGGUACGUCGGACGUUAAUGACUGUCCCCUGAAGCUUUCACUGUCAGAUGUUGACGAUGCAUUUCAGGUUUUCAGGGAAACCAGUUUAAUUCCGGAAUGUUCAACUCUGGUCCAGGGCCGAAUUUUGGCGGUGGCGAUUGGAAUCAACAUGGAGCGAAACGCCAGCGACAGGAGUAGUGGCGUUGCAGCUCCACAGUACUCUACCAAAAAGAAACUGACAGGCCUCAUGCGGCAAGAAUUGACCCAAUCAAUUGUCGACCAGUGCCAACACUCUGUCCAGCUCGACGCCCUCCAGGAUUGGCUCCGGAUCUGUGUCUUGGAUGCCCGCCAGGCUUCUUUGCCGUGGUCACCGACUCACAAGAAUCGACGACUCAUCUCCGGCCGCGCAAGAAGUCGCCGAGACGUCUCGACGCCAAGGAGCUUUGGUGCGAACUUCUCAAGCGACUGUAGCAUGAUGUAA